AUGUCCUGGCUCUUCGGUUCCUCAAAUGAGAAAAGCGUCGCUGCCCCCGAGCAAGCGCCCGCUCAGCCUGCCCAGUCCGAGAAGCCCAAGCCCUGCUGCGUCUGCAAACCCGAGAAGACCGCUCGUGAUGACUGCAUGCUUUUCUCCAAGUCCGACAACCCCGAGCAGGAGUGCAAAUCCACCAUUGAGCAGUACAAGACUUGCAUGGCCGGAUUUGGUUUCAAGGUCUAG